AUGUCCCGAAAUGUCGUCACAGAUAUCAGAUGUUGCGAAAGCAUCCACUACAAGCGUGAGGUCGUCGAGGGAGAGUGGCAAUUUGCAAAUGACGGGUUGAGAGAGAUAUCUUUCAAGUCCAACUUCGAACUGACUCACUGCUUCGUCUUGGACGAUGACCCCAGCCGCAUGUUCUCAGUCAAGAUUUUAGAGACGGAUACCGUCAGUUGCCUGAAACAGGUUAUCAAGAAAAUGAGGAAUGCAUUUCACGACGUAGAUGCGGACACUCUCCAGCUAUGGAAGAUCUCCCGCAUGAAGCUUAAGCCGCUUACCCGACUCCUCUCCGAAGUGUUCACUGUGAGUCCGGAGGAUGAACACCCUCAUAUAUUUGUACAACACGUCGUCGUACAACCGCCACCUGCUGUCGGCCACCCGUCCAUCCACCUCAACUGCUUAAUCUUGGAUGACGACCCCAGCCACGUUUUCUCAGUUAAGAUUUUACAGACGGACACUGUCGAUAUUGACCCAGAGAAAAAGGAGAAGUUGGAUCUCCCGGAUGAUGCCAAGGAGCUUAAACCGCCAACCCAACUCUCCCAAGUGUUUACUGUUCAAGUUGGACCAGAGGACGGACACCUUCAUAUAGUAUUCGUACAACACCCCGCUAAUGCCUCCCGUGAUCAUUUGCAACCGUCGUCUUCCACACUCCCAAAAACAACACAGCAACUUCGUGCAGAGUGGAUCCGGAAUUUUGACGAAUUUUGCUCGAAAACUCCGCCUUCCUUUGUUUACUCUACGUGA